GAUGGCUGGUAGGAUUUAGCCCCGGCAGCAGCGUCUUUUCCCGUCCAACACAACAAGCUUAUUACCUUUCUCUCCACGCGCUUUUGGAAACGGAUUUACGCGCACUAAAAAGGAGGAGUUUGGAGGACUAGUAGGAUGCUGAGUAUCUUUCCUCCUCGCCACUGUUCUCCACCCUGCUCUCCAUGACCUGAGAGCACCACCCCAGCAGGAGGAACGAAACACCAGAACGAGAGAGAGAGAGAGGAGGGCAGAAGGCCAGGGAAGGAAGGAAGGAAGGAAAGAAGGAAGGAACACGUUUUUUAUUUUGUUGUUGGUUGUUUUCCCUUUUCCGAAAUGGCAGCGACAGAGGCCAACGCGGCGCCGGUGGUCCAGGAAGACGGGAAAACCCCCGAGAGCAAGCCGGCGGAGCUCGAGCAACCGGCCAAUAACGCCAACACAAACUCAGAGACUAUCAACAGCGAGGUUGUGGAUAAAGACGGUACCGCUGUCAACAACGAGGUUGUCGAUAAAGACGGCACCGCUGUCAACAGCGAGGUCGCAGACAACAAAGAGACCGUGAAUAACGACACAGCAGCAGUGGCGGGAGCCGAAGACGGAGAUGCGGCAGCGCCAGCGAGCGACGAGGCGGCCGCAACGACUCAGAACUCGGAAAAUACCUCCUCCUCUGCGGAGCCCAAGACUUCGUUCCUGGACUCUUUCCUCAACAAGAGCGGCCUGGGGAAGGUGAUGGGAGGGAGGAAGAAGAAAGAGCCAAUCACUGCCGCCGCCACCGCUGGAGGAGAGGAGAACACCGGCGAGGGAGGGGAGAAGGACGGAGAGAAAGGAGGCGAGGAGGCCGCGGCGGCGUCUGAGGCAGGAGCGGAGGGCGGCGGCGCUGCCGCCGCCGACGGAGAAGCUGCGAUAGAGAAAGCGCCAGAAAAUGGAGAGAAGGAAGAGGAGAAGAAGGCGGAGAAGGGCAAACCGGCAGAGGCCAAAUCCACGGUUCGAGAUCUGAUCAGGAAGCCGGUGGCGAGGAUCUUCUCCCAUCGCAGCGCCGAGAAGAAGGACGUGAAGGUUCGAUCCAAGUCCCUGGACCGGCUGGAUCCUGAGGCACUCAACGCAGCGGCGGACUCUGCCGCGGCGGACUCUACCACGGCAGACGGAGGAGGGGCCUCGGCAGCGGGGGGAGCAGAUGAAGGCGAAGAGGGAGAACAGAAAGCCUCGUCGUCGUCCUCGGCAGCCACCACCAAGCACAUGAGGCGCUGGCACUCCUUCAAGAAGCUCAUGGCUCAGAAGGGGCACAAGAAGAGCGGAGGAGAGGAAGUAAAGGAGGAUGACGGAGAGGGAGGAGGAGACUCAUCCACACUGGACUCCAAGGAGUCCGGGCAGAAGAGGUGGAAGCUGAAGCGUUCCUGGACCUUCCAGGGUUUGAAGAGGGACCCGUCGAUGGUCGGCAUCAGCGGGAAGGCCAAGGGCUCGGACAAAGACUCUGCCGACAACGCAAAGCCGGAGGAGGAAGUGGCGGCGGCAGUGGCGGCCGCGGCGGGAGAAGCAGCCGAGGAGGAAGGAGAGGAGGCCAAGGAGGAGGGAGGAGCAGCAACAGAGGAAGCCAAGGCGGAGGGAGGAGGGGAGGAAAAGGAAAAGGCUGAGGGAGGGGAGGAGGAGAAGACAGCAGCAGCAGCAGCGGGUGGUGGGACGGUGACGCAACACGCCAAUGAGAUCUGGACCUCCUUCAAGAAGCGUGUCAUACCCAAGUCCAAACGCGCCAACACAGAGUGCGCCCCCUGCGGGGAGGAGGAUGCAACCACAGCUGCCGCCUCAGGUGAGGAUGGAGCAGCGGAGGAGGGCAAAGACGCCAAGGCAGCCAAGGCCAAACGCUCCCAUUUUGGCCGCGCCGUUUCUCUGAAGAACUUCAUCCUGCGAAAGGGCAAGUCCACCAGCGUGGACAUGGGUGAGGGCGCCAAGGAGGAAGAAGAGGAGGAGGAGGGGGCCGCUGUGGAGGGAGGAGAAGCAGCGGAGGAAGGAGCGGCCGACGGCGAAGCUGCCGCGGCGACCGAGAACGCCGAUGACAAAGACGCGGCGGAGGCCGAGAAGACGCCAGCGGCGCCGGAGACCGGAGGGGAAGCGGCUAAGGACGCGGCAGAGAAGACGCCGGCGGCCGAAGCUCCGGUUACCAACGGGGAGAACGGCUGCUCCAACGGCACGGGGGAGGAGAAUGCCACGCACAAUCACCAGGACGACGGGGACGUGGAUGCUGGGAAGACGAUGACGGGCGGCAGCCCCGUGAAGAAGAGCAAGGAGGCAGGGGGGGCCAAAGAGGAGGCCAACGCCAAGAUCAUCAACACCACGGCGGCUGUGAACAGCGACAAAAAGGCGGGAAACGUGUGAGGCCCACACAAAGAGGAUUAGAACUGCCCGGGAUUCGCUGAGCAAGGAGCUCUGAGCCCCGUCCCCGUCCCCUUCCCUAACUCCUCCUCCUCCCUCCUUCCUCCUUCCUCCCUCCUCCCUGCUCUUCUCCCUUCAUCCCUCCUUCCUCCCGAAUAAACGGAGUAAUCACGUGUUAACAGAACACCAUGGUGAGAAAAAGAGAUUGAGAGAGUUUGAGAGAAUGAGAAAGAUGCAAUUCAUGUAGAUGAGAAGUGAAAAAUAAGACUUACUCAGAAAGCAAUAAUUCAAAGCCCUUCUUUUCCAUCCAUCCAUCCAUCCAUCCAUCCUUACAUCCAUCCCCUCCGUCCAAUUACAUACAUACAUACAUACAUGCAUACAAACAUACACACAUGUACAUCCGGUGUUUUAAUUUUUUCUUUGCUUGUCUGUGAGAUUUUAUAUUGUCUACGAGAGAAAAGAAAUGUAAAAAAAAAAGAAAAUAAAAGAAAUGAAAAUCGAGACAUUCCACAUUCCCUGUUUCCCAUCUCUGCCGCCCUACUUUCCUCCUCGUCAAGCUACUUAACCGCUCUUCUCUGUCUCUACCGUCUCCUGAUUGGUGGAUUUAAAAAAGAAAAAGAAAAAAAAAAGACUGUUAGUUUUAUAUUGACGGCCAUUUUGGUUUGUAGUCCCCCCUCAACUCCCCCUUCGCCCAUCUUCUACCCAACCGUCCCCGUAGAUAUCUGACAGUGCAGCAGGACCAUGUUGCUACGGUGUAUAAACUGCCCUGAGGACCGCCACUUCCCAACCAACACUGCAAUGUCUUCAGCUCUGUGUGUUUAAUGUUUUUAGACUGUUAUAUUGUGUACAUGAAUUAAAAAACGUACAAAAAAACAUCAAAUAUUAAAGUCAAAAUGUAUUUUUUUUUUCUUUUUCUGUUCGGUUUGGAUUUUUCUUUCAUGUUUUUCUGUUUUUUUUUUUAAACACAUCUUCUCACUGUUACUGCAGUCUGGCAAUAUGCUGUAAUAAUAAUAAUAAUAAAAAAAAUGAUGGUAAUAUUAAUAAUAAUAAUAAUAAUGAUGAUGAUGUUUUGUUGGUCCACGUUUUCACAUGUCCGCUAGCAAA